AUGGGGACCACGAUCGACAACGUCGGCGACUAUUUGCCGCUGGAAAUCAUCGACGACGACUCGACGAUCGCCGACGACGGUCACCGAUGCGAUGGUGUGAUGGCGGCGAUCACCAAAAAACAUUUGGAAUGUCUCGCGAGAUUCACCAACAACGAUCUACUCGCGAAGGACACGAUCGGACAGAAUUCGCUUCAUUUGGCCGCCAAAAUUGGCGAUGUGUCGAUUUUGAAAUAUCUUCUCGAUCGGUUGCCCGAACUCCGCGAGAUCCAAUCGACAAACGGUGAAACUGCCGCUCAUAUUAGUGCUGCCCAUGGAGAUAUGCGAGCUCUGGAGCUCAUUCUUGGAGGAUCGCUGAAAUCGGCGAUGAAAACCGCAAUGUGUAGAGAUAUAAACGGAACCUCAAUUCUGAUCGCCUCUGUGGCUCGCGGCGACACCGAAAUGGCAAUGUGGCUUUUGAGAAAGUUCGGAAAAGCGCUGGCGCAACUCGAGAACAAUUCGAAAAUGUUGCCGAUCCACGUGGCAGCCGCACACGGCAACAUCGAGUUCCUGCGCGCCGCCGUCAAAUUCGACACCAAUAUGGUGCACGCGCGCGACGAGUUCGGGUGCACGCCGUGCGUUUACGCGGUUCAGGGCGGCUGUCUCGGCACCGUUCGAUUUCUCGUCGAAAAAGCGCGCAGCGAGAUUGGAUCGGUCAGCAAUCGAGGCCAAUCGCUUCUACAUAUUGCCUGUCUUUGCGGCCACGAGCACAUUGUUCGAUGGAUUUUGAAUCGCGCCGGCUCGGACUCGAUUCUGUGGACCACCAAUGACAAAGCGAACGCGGUGCAUUGUGCAGCUUUUGCUGGCAGCGUUCCCGUCCUUUCGCAUCUAUUAAGCGCGUUCGGCAAAAAGAAGCGUCAUCACGUGUUGACUUUGAAGGACUCCAGAGGAAACACACCGCUCCACUUGGCGGCCAUCAAUAAUCACCUCGACGCCGCUCUUUACAUGCUCGAAAGCGGCGCCGAUCCGUCGUUGAUCAACACGUCCGGCCAUUCGCCGCAAUCGAUCGCAUCGGUUCGGAAUCAUUUCGAAAUGGAGCGUCUUGUGGCUUCAUAUCAAGGCAAAAAACGAAAGUCGAAAUCGAAAAAGAAGUCGCAAUCGAUGCACGAUCUCUCGCAAUACGGCUCACUUCAAAGCGGACCAUUGAGCCCCGGAGUGGUGACGUCAUAUUCGAGCAAUACCAAUGGCUACGAGACCGUCGAGCGUCGCGCAUUCUCGCCGCCGGAGCUCAGCUCGGGCUACUCGAGCAACGGCGAUCAAUUCGGAUCAACAAUCAGCGAACACGCGGAAGUCGUCCGCCAUCGGCUGCGAUUCGUCGAGGACUCGAUCGGCUCGCUUCGCGACACCGCCGCCCAGACCGACAUCGAUCCGCUGAGCGAGGCCGUCAAAGUGCUCGACGACAAGACGUGGAUCGGACAAGGAUUGUCGGUCCUCGAGCAAAUCGAUCGUGUUCUCGAUUUGGAGUACGCCAACGAGAGCGCUUGA